AGAGUGGCACCGCCAAGCUCCUUACCUGGGAGCUGUGCUCAGCAUCAAGCCACCACAGUUUUGAACUGUAUCUGUGACAAUCUGUGCUUUAUCUCCAUUUAUUUUGUGCAUCUGUUAGCAAGAUGUGUCCCAAGGUAACUGCUUCUUCAAUUUAUGCUAUUUCAGCUUAGGAAAGGUUUCAUCAGAACACUCUUCUUUCAGAUCGUGAGGAAACCUAUAUCACCCCUCCCCCAGCCCUGCUCCAUGGCCUCCAUCCAAAGAAUGAGCCAAGUACCAGCUGCCUAAGAGAUCUCAGCAGAAAAGUCUUCCCCAGAUCUGUUAAAGGUGGAAAGCAAAAGCUGGAGACCUAAACUGUAUCUGAACCUGUUAAAAUGUAUGAAUACUCAGUUACGUUAAUAUUGUCAUUGAACUGGGGACAUUCUGUCCUGUGUUUUACUUCCACAGGCAAACUGGUAUCCAAAACAAAUGGAGACUAUGCAGGUAACACACUUGAGCCCUUUGUAAACGUAAGAACUUGGUGAAGGCGAUCAACCACAGCCUUAAUCCGCAUUUUAAAACACAGCUUUCAGGUGUUUGGGGACUAUAUUAUCUAAUCUUGGCUUUGGGAACAGAUGAUACAGCUCUUCUGAAAUCAUGUCUACUGAGAGUGGCUAUUUACUUGCCCGCGCCCCAUCUUUAUCUCCAUACAAAAUUGCCAGGAAAUGUCCACUCCUUCAGGGGAGUUAUUUUUCUUCUCAAGUUAAAGGCAAUACAUUGUCCAUAGCUCAUUUCAGGGCAAACAUUAACAUCUUCCUCCAACUCGGGAAGGCAUGCUUUGACAGGCCAUUGUUUUCUGUCGGAGCAGAGCCAAUACCAAGUCGAUGCCAGGUAAGACAUGCCCAGCUUAAAGCCAAAAUGUUUGUGUCUUGGUUUUCAGGGUCCUCAGAUGCAGCAGGAAAACUUUAGUCAUUCACCUCCAUCCAAUGGAUGUUUGUAAAUGUCUUGCUGUCCAUUUUGUCAAUGAACAGGCAGCCCUGCAAGUGGUCCAUCUCAUGCUGGAUAAUGCGGGCUGCCCACCCACUGGCCUGCCACACCACCUGUUCUCCUCCGGGGUCCAUCCCUGAAAAGGAAGGUACAGCCUGGGUGAGGACAUGCUGAACUGCAUCAUUCUCAACCUACUUAGCCUUUCCUUGCCCCUGGCUGUUCCUGUUUACAAGAGGCAAUAUCAGAAGGGGAUGCAGACGGCAGCCCCUAUGCUUCCUAGAAAAGAAGUCUGAACUCUGCCUCUUACCAAGUAUUCAGCCUGGUUCCCAACUCUGACGAGUAGGUUGCUGGGUUCGCUAUGGGGCUGAAAUGAGAAACGAUCUUCCCAAGUGACUUGCUCAAGAGGAACAAUUAUCCCAACCCCAGCAAAGAAUCACACUCUGCAAAACAUCCUGUGGUAUGACAGGGUCUGCUCGUGGGUAGGUAGGUUCCGCUGAUCAGCCAUCAACCUGUCUACGCUUUAACUGGAACUUUGCGGAAACCGUUUCGUGGGAUCCGAGGCCGCCGCCUCCGCAGGUUAAAGGGGAGCACGCAUUUACCUAUCCGCCCCAGGGACCCCACCGCCGCGCACCUGAGAUCUGCACCGCCUGGAAGCGGGGCACGCAGGCCAGGAAGCCGCUGAUGCUCUCGCAGCCCUCGGGGAAGGUGACCAGGCGGCUGUCCAGCACACGCAGGCUGGGGUUCACGAACACGCGCAGGGGGAAGGUUUCCAUCUGACGGGCCUCGCGCACGCGCGGCGCGCAUGCGUGGAAGAGCGCCUCAGGGAACUCGACCGCCAGCACCUGCAGCGGCACUCCGAGCUGCGGCGCACUCAAGCCCACGCAGCGGCGGCGUCGCAUCACCUGCACCAGCCGCUGCACCAGCUGCUGCAGCUCGGGUCCCGCCAGCUGUGCCGGCUCUACCGGGGCCGCCACGGCCCGCAGCGCCGGGUCCCCGACCUGGCACACGCGCGGGUACGGCGGCUCCGGCGCUCCCUGCACCAGACGCCGAUAAAGGCCAGAGGCUCCUGGACGACGCUGACGUUCACAUGCCCCAGGUUUCCGUACUUGGAGAGCUGAGUGGGUGGAAUGCCUGGCCCAGAUGGUAAAGAAUAGAAGUGGAAAAAGCGUUUAAUGAAUUUAAUUAUGUGUCACAGGUCUGUGCCAUCUGAGCUGGAGGAAAAAGGACUUGGAGACAGCGAUUUAAAUAAGGAACGAGGUCUUCCAGGAAGACAGUGCAGAACUGGACGAAGAGCUCUUGCUCCCCACUGCUGAAGGCAGCCUCUUCGGCACGAUGGAAGGCCAAGAUUACUUUUGUUACCUAAGAGACAAGGGCACCAUCAAUCACCGGACUCCAGACGCGCAGGCUCAGCGGCCAUGGCUCACGGGCCCAGCUGCUCCGUGGCAUAUGGGAUCUUCCCGGACCGGGGCACGAACCCGUGUCCCCUGUGUUGGCAGGCAGACUCUCAACCACUGCACCACCAGGGAAGCCCUCCUUGCUCUUUCUCACAGGAGGACAUCAACAGAAAGAUUUUAUACAACCACAUCACAACUGCCACCUGGCUGACAGCAACUGUGAGACACUUCAUGAAAGGAGACUAACCAGAGCUUUUCAACCAGAAAAACCUCUAAAACCACACUAAACCGAAGUCAGCAGGCACCACUGUCACACAGACUGGUUUAUUACAAAAGUCUGGCCACUUGUUACUAAAGGAGGCCCCAGAAGAGAGCCAACAGUACGUGCUCACCUUGGCAAGGGCGUCUUCCAGGGCCACAGUCACAUCCUGCACCAGGGCCAUGGGGCAGCAGAGGCGCAGAUCAUUGAAGGCGACCAGAAUAUUGUUGAGGAAGCAGGCAAGGGGUGGGAAGUCUAAGAGCACCAUGGGCGGCUGCAGGGUCCCCGGCUGAGUGACUGGAACAGCAGCAGGCAGGUUACUGCUGCUCAGGAUGGCUGGAGCUGAGAUGAGGGUGUAGGAGUUCAUUUCAUCCUGGAACUUCUCGACCGUUUCUUGAAUUGCUUUCUGGAAAGUGCUGAUAGCCACUCGCUGGAAAACAGGAGCUAACUGACCCCGGAAAUCAGCCCCUACCCGGCUAAAAGACAGUCCAAAGUACAUGCACUGGCCUAGCAGAGAGUCCAGACGGCUGCCUAUCCCUCGGUUAAGGUCAGUCUCCAGCACCUGCAGGAAUUGUGAGACUUUCUGCAGCACCCAGCCAUGGAAGAUGGCACUCUCAUUCACGGUGUGCUCGCCCAUGGCAGGGGGCAGCAACGGGUCCUCGUCUGAGAAGAUGGCACGGUACUGGGUGAUAAUAUCGAACAGGUGGACACGGCAGGCCUCGAUGGUUUUCGUGAUGUGGAAAUAGGGAUCAUCACUGGGGAUGGCAGUCAGGAUAGAUCGGAGCCAAGCAUCUCGGGCCUGAAGAAACUUGACCCUCAACUCAGCCUCGGUGAAGACAUCCAUUUGCCGUAAGAAGCCAAUGACACGGAGGCAGGCAGGGAGCUGGAUGUUCGUCCUCAGUUGUUGGAUCAGCUGGCUCAGCAUCAGCUGCAUGGACUGGCGUACUUCGUUCACAAUGCCCUGACGACACAGGGGUCGUCCAGGUUACGGGGCGCUAGCGUGGGGCAACGACUGGAAAGCAGCUAGAGAGGCAGGCUUUGAGGUUGCCAAGGAGCGGCUGAUCUUCCGUUUCCGGUAACUGAGGCACGAGGAUCCGGCGUUCCAACCCAGCGGGAAAAUGCGGCCUCUGACUGAAGAGGAGACGCGAGUAAUGUUUGAGAAGAUAGCAAAAUACAUCGGGGAGAAUCUACAGCUGCUGGUCGACAGGCCCGACGGCACCUACUGUUUCAGGCUGCACAACGACCGGGUGUACUACGUAAGUGAGAAGAUUUUGAAGUUGGCCGCCAACAUCUCCGGUGACAAGCUGGUGUCGCUGGGGACGUGCUUCGGAAAAUUCACGAAGACCCACAAGUUUCGGUUGCACAUCACGGCUCUGGAUUACCUAGCACCGUAUGCCAAGUAUAAAGUGUGGAUAAAACCUGGAGCAGAGCAAUCCUUCCUGUAUGGGAACCAUGUGCUGAAAUCUGGACUUGGUCGAAUCACUGAAAAUACUUCUCAGUACCAGGGAGUUGUGGUGUACUCCAUGGCAGACAUCCCUUUGGGUUUUGGGGUGGCAGCAAAGUCUACACAAGACUGCAGGAAAGUAGACCCCAUGGCGAUUGUGGUAUUUCAUCAAGCAGACAUUGGGGAAUAUGUGCGGCAUGAAGAGACAUUGACUUAAAACGAAAUCAUCGCGAGGACUUGUGGCUGUGUGGAAGGGCCUAGCUUUGUUUCCUGUGUCUGUGUAGGCUCCACCAUCAUGUUGAAUUUUGUCAACACUGUGACCUCUUCAGGGACUUUUUAGUUUAAUAUUCUAUUAUGGACAAAUGCAGGCUGGAUUCUUAUUAUGCAGAAAUGGCUCAAAAACGGGAUUUUGGAUCUUUGUGAUUAUGACUAACUAGAAUGCUGUGUUUUAUAUUUGAAUCAGAGGGCUUCUUGUUUUGAGUAACAGGUUCUAAAUUGUUGGAACUGAGGACAAGAAUAGCGUAUUGUUAUCUGUGAUAACACUUUUCCAAACACAUGAUAAGAACGUAAUGAAUUUUCUUAUUUAUUAAUACUAUGAAAGAUAGAUAUUGCCAUCAGAAUAGUAGGUCGUGUGUGGAAUUUUACAAAUGAAAUUUGGAUAAAACAGUAAGAGCAGUUUAUUCUGCCGAUUUUCUUUACGGUAGGUGCUGUGUAGUGUGGAAAAAAACUUGGAUUCAAACACCAGUUCUCACAUCUACCAGCUGUAUGGCCUUAGAUGAGUCAUUAAACUUUAAUAAGCUUCAUUUCCUUCUGUUUCAAAAAGCAGCCUAGCCGUCUUCCUAAGAAUAGUUUUUAGAAGUGGAAAUCGUGAUCGUAAAGCAUCUAGCACAGUGCCUGGCAAAUGAGAGUGUUGAAUAAAUGAUAAGAGUUAUUUCUGUAACGUUUAUACUGAGUAUUUCUGUUACUAAGAGUAGGAUCUUAUGAACAUAAUUUGAUUAUAUUAUCUUGGCUUUUACAAGCGGUUUUCUCACUCUUUUUCUUGAAUGGUAUGAUCCCAGGCUGAAUGUUAUUUUUAUCACCUUGAUUUCUAAAACAAUUUCUCUUAUAAAUCUUUUGGGUUUUUUUUUAAUUAAAAAAUUUUUUUUAUUGUAGUAUAGUUGACGUACAAUAUUGAGUUAGUUUCAGGUGUACAGCAAAGUGAUUCAUUUAUACAUAUAUUCUUACAAAUCUUUAAUUACAUGACUGGACUGGACAAAAAGCACUACUCAGAAACCCUGAAAUAAUAAUUUAGCUCCUCCAUCCUUCUCCCAUGCCUUCCAAAAUUAUUUUUAGAAUUACUAAAAUAUUUUUUAGUGAAAAACAUGUCACAGACAAAAAAUUUUUAAGUACCUGUAUUGUAAAGCAAUUUCUUUAGUGCAUAUACUGCUUAAUUUAAAUUCCAAAGGUGACAUCUCUAAAAAUAAAUCAUUUUUCAAUUACAAAAAAGCACUCUACCAACUCCUGUUUUUGUAUGCAACAUAUAAAACCCAGUUUUAUAUGUUUUUGUCCCAUAUUUUUCAACUUUUCUCCCUUCCAAGGUUCUCUGUUAAUUUCUAAAUAAACAUAGUGAAGGUUAAGGGGCUGCAGUAUGAUGGACAGUAUUUUGAUGGUAGCAUUUAGUGUGUACUUUAGAAAUAGUCAACGUCAAAACUUUACACACUUUUAUUUAUUGCUAUUUUGCCUGUGUAGAUGAGAGCAAUAGGCUACAACUUUCUAACAAGAAAAAUUGAUUUUUUCCCAAUAACUUUACAAAGAUUUGAGAGAGCUUGUGCCCCAGAAGAAAAGAGCCAGGGCACUGUAGUUGUUCGAGCUUAGCAUCUUGGCUUCUUUGUGUCUGUGGUCAUUGGGAUGUUGAAGAGACGCUUCAAGAAAUACAGCUGCAGGAUCCCAGAAAGAAUAAUAACAAGGCUCUGGGCUGUCGACCACCAAUUCACAUAGUUAUAGUUUGACUGGAGUAGGAAAAAGUCAGCCAUUUUUCUCAUGCGAGCAAAGUUGUAGUAUCGCCACAUGUGAAAGAUAUUGUUCUGCAGCUUUCGUGUACUCUUCUGCAGGACAGAAAAUGAAAUACAGAAAGGGUUCCUCCGUAACCUCAUCUAGCCUCCCCUGGGUACCCACCAGCACUAACCUAGUUUAUCUGGAAGUUGAGUAACUUACGAUUUUAUAGUAUGUAAUAAAUUGGCUAUUGGAGUUGUUGAUAAAUGCUAGUUUUGUUGUCUAUGAAAAAAUGGCUUGGACUUCAGUUAUAAAAAAAUAAUUUUUAUAAUGAAAAACUUCAGUGCUAAAACUAGAAAGUUCCUCCAGAUUAUCUCUAGAUUUAGACAUGUACUCAGCACAUCAUUGCUGUUCUGGGUGAUGUCUUCUGUUCUUUGUAUAUGGUAAAAGAUAAGGGCCUGCAAAUUUUUAUGGAAGGGCCAGACAGUAAAUAUUCUAGGCUUUGCAGGCCAUACAGUCUCUUGCAACUACUAAGCUCUGCCACUGUAGCACAAAAGCAGCCAUAGACAAUAUGUCCAGUUAGCUGUCCCUCAUUAUCAGUGGGGAGAUGGGUUCCAGGACCUGCAGAGGAUGCUGAAAUCCCAUAGUCAGCCCUCCGCAUCUGCAGGUUCUGCAUCUGCAGAUACAGAGGGCUAACUGUAAUUGUCAAAUGAGCAUGGCUGUAUUCUAGUCAAACUUCACUUACAAAAACAGGCAGUGAGCUUUUGUGCAUCAAGCAGACUAUCAAGAAAGUCAAGAGAGAUCCCAGAGAAUGAGAGAAAAUAUUUGCAAAUCAUAUAUUUGUUAAGAGACUAGUAUCCAGAAUAUAUAAAGAACUGUUAGAACUCAAUCAUAAAAAGACAAAUAACCAGAUUUUAAAAUGGGCAAAGGAUUUGAAUAGACAUUUCUCCAAAAAAGCAUGCAAAGAUGCUCAGUGUCAGGGAGACACAACUCAAAAAUCACAAGAUACCACUUAUACCCACUAGGAUUGCUAUAGCAAAAAAGACUAUAACAUGUUGGCAGGGAUAUGGAGAAAUUGCAACACUCGUACACUGCUGGUGGGAGUGUAAAAUGGUUUAGCCACUGUGGAAUAUAGCAGUUCCUCAGUGAAGGUAAAAAGUUACCAUAUGUGCCAGCAGCGUAUACCGCUUAUAUGUGUACAGAGAUGAAAGCAUGUUCACACAAAAAUUUGUAGGCAAAUGCUCACAGCAGCAUUGUUCAUGAUAACCAGAAAGUGGAAAUAACCCAGAUGUCUACCAGCUGAUAAGUAGAUAAACAAAAUGUGUUUUAAAUAUACAAUAGAAUACUAUUCAUCCAGAAAAAGGAAUGAAGUAUUAAUACAUGGUACAAUGUGGAUGAACCUUAAAAACAUGCUAAAUAAAAGAAGCCAAAGACAAAAGACACAUUGUAUGAUUCCACUUAUAUGAAGUGUACAGAACAGGCAAAUCUAUAUAAACAAAGUAGAUUAGUGAGGGAUUACCCAGGGCUGAGGGGCAUGGGGAACACAGAGUGAAUAAUAGGUCUGCAGUUUCUUUUUGGGGUGAUGAAACUAUUCUGGAAUUAGAUGCUGGUAAUGGUUGCAGGACCUUGUAAACCACUAAACUGUACACUUAAAGUGGUGAAUUGUAUCACCAAACAGGCAGUGGGCCAGAUUUGGCCUGUGAACCGUUGUUUGCCAAUUCGUGGUAUAAAACAAGUGAGGAAUUUCAAGAGCUCCAAGUCACAAAAUUAAUUAAAGGCUUCAAAUCCCUUUGCCUGUUUGUUUUCUACCCAAAUGAGCCCUCACUCUGAUGAUAUUACUCCCAUAAUUCUAAUCUUUCCUCCAAAUUUAAAGUCAGUUUCCAUGGAUGUUUCUCUCCCACAAAACAGUUACCUCAAUUGCAUCCAAAGUAUCAUUCAGUUGUUUUCUUUCAUUCUUCUCUUUGUGCUCCAUCUCAGGCCCCUCAUAGAAGACUCCAAAAUUGAGGUAUACUUGCACAGAACCAAAGUGAUUUUGCUGAUUUUUUAGACAAAGCUGAUAAAAACCUGUAGGAAUCCCUAGAUCAUUACCAAAUCUUGGUCUCCCACCCUCCCACCCUCUAGAUUUCCCUGGAGAUAACUCUUCUCCAGUGUUAAAUGUGCUACUAUAGCACCUUCUUUUUACUUAGGAAGUACAAAAUCCAGUUUUUGAUGUGGAAGAUACUGAUCUUACUUGAAACUUAUUUUACUAAUUAUUUAUAAUAUUGUUUUGCCAAAUAUUAGUAGCUUUAGCUCUAUGUUGGAUAGAAAAUGUUUUCUUCCUCUUUUUCAACGUAUAAUUCCCACGUCUCUUAAGGAAUUUCUAAUCAAGAGCAUAUUAAGAGCAUAGGGUUUGCUUCUUGCAUACCAUGAGAGUUGGGAUAUCAUUUGAAUUUGAAAGUAGGGAAAAAAUGUAUGCUUUGUGAAUGAAAGAAGCUAUCCUACUGGAGUAACUUCCUGCAAGGUGGUCUGUAUGGGGGCUGAUGAUUGGGGUAUGUACUGGUGCUUGUUCUCAACUGGGGUCACCUCCCCGCGUGUGGUGAUGGGGGAGGAGUGAGGAGGAGCAGGGUUGGAAAGGUGUGGCAGUGUAUUUGAUUGUCGAAAUGACUGGAAGGCACUACGUAGGAGCCAAAGAUGCUGCAUAGUAAUGCUGAAUAUCCUGUGCCACUCAGUGAUUCUCUUACGUCCCUGUUGAGAAAUAGUCUUUUUUUGUGCACCUGGCUGGUAGAGAGGACAGUUCAAACUGGUGCCGUCCAGGGUGAGGACAGGCUCGAUCUGGCUGUAGGAAUUUUCUGGUGACUGGAGAAGUGCUUUGUUGUAGAAUGCGGAUAUUUUUCAUGGCCAUGCAUUUCCUUGUGUUCUGCUUUUUGGUAACCGGCUCAAGUGUUUUGAUGACUGAAAAGAAAUACUGUCCCAUAAUAAAUUUAUUAAUUGGAA